GAAUGCAAUGUGUGUGGAAAAGCUUUUCCUCAGAAGUCACGCCUCAUUAGACACCAGAGAAUCCACACAGGAGAAAAACCUUAUAAAUGUGGUGAGUGUGGAAAAGCUUUUACUCGGAAUUCACACCUCAUUGGACAUCAGAGAAUCCACACUGGGAAAAAUCCUUAUAAAUGCAGUGAAUGUGGAAAAGCUUUUCCUCAUAAGUCAAGCUUAGUGAUACAUCAGAGGGUCCACACUGGGGAAAAACCUUAUGAAUGUAGCCAGUGUGGAAAAGCUUUUUCUCAUAAAUCAAGCGUUAUAGCACAUCAGAGAAUCCACACCGGGGCAAAACCUUAUAAAUGUAGUGAGUGUGGAAAAGCUUUUCCUCAAAAGCCACACCUCAUUAGACAUCAGAGAAUCCACACAGGAGAAAAACCUUAUGAAUGUAGUGAGUGUAGAAAAGCUUUUCUUCGGAAGUCGCACCUCAUUAGACAUCAGAGAAUCCACACUGGGGAAAGACCUUAUGAAUGCAGUCAGUGUGGAAAAGCUUUUUCUCAGAAGUCUCAGCUAAUCAUACAUCAGAGAUUACACACAGGGGAGAAACCUUAUGAAUGUAGCCAGUGUGGAAAAGCUUUUUCUCAGAAGUCUCAGCUAAUCAUACAUCAGAGAUUACACACAGGGGAGAAACCUUAUGAAUGUAGUGUGUGCCUUAAAGCCUUUCCUCAUCAGUCAGGUUUCCUUCAGCAUCAGCGAAUCCACACUGGGAACGAACCUUAUGAAUGUAGAGAGUGUGGAAAAGCGUUUACUCAUAAGUCAAACCUCAUUAUUCAUCAGAGAAUCCACACUGGGGAAAAACCUUAUGAGUGUAGUGAGUGUGGAAAAGCUUUUUCUACUAAAUCAAGCAUUAUAUCACAUCAGAGAAUCCACAGUGGGGAAAAACCUUAUGAAUGUAGAGAGUGUGGAAAAGCUUUUACUCAGAAGUCAAACCUCAUUACACAUCACAAAAUCCACACUAGGGAAAAACCUUAUCAAUGUAUUGAGUUUGGAAAAGCUUUUUCGCCAAAGUCAAGCCUAAUGAAACAUCAGAGUCCACACAGGGGAGAAACCUUAUAA